UGUCAACCAUAUCCAAAGUGCAGGACCAAAGAGAAGUAAAUAAUGUAUGCUUUUGUUAGAUUCUUUGAAGACGAUAUGUGCUACGCGUUACCCGUUUCAAAUGUGGAAGAUUUCAGACCUCUGCACAAAACAGAUUUUGAUAAUCAGAAGGUGUAUCUGGUUCACAGAACUGAAGAGAAUGGCAGCGCAGGCCAGCCGUGCGAAGCACAGAUCCUUGCCCUUGCAGAUACAGUAGAGGAAUUUGAAGACAGUAUAAUGCAAAAGAAGAUGAAAAUUCCCAAGAUGUCCAUCGAUAAUUCAGGAAAUUCUAUUGAGAACAACUUUGGAGAGGAGAGAAUGCCACUCAGACAUAAAAAGGCCCUGUCUCAGGACCACGGACGCCCCCUUUCCAACUCCUCCAAGAGCCUUGCCGCAGUAGUGGCUCGCCUGGAGAGAAAUGCAGCCAACUCCUGUAUGGAGGGCGAAGAGGACCUGGAUGAGGACCGGCUGGCUGAGGAGGUAGAGGAUGCAGAAGAGGAAGAUGAAGAUAUGGAAGCAGAGCAUCAGCAACAUCAUCACCAGCAGCAGCAACAACAGCUUUUGGAGGUGGAUACGGAUUGUGUAUCUGAGGUCGCUGCAGCUGUGGUUCCCAGAGUCCUGUAUGAGGAGUUGGUUCACAGCUAUAGGCAACAGGAGGAGGAAAUGAGGAGGCUGCAGCAGGAGCUGGAGAGAACCCGCAGGCAGCUGGUACAGCAGGCCAAGAAGCUGAAGGAAUAUGGCAGCUUGCUGACAGAAGUCAAAGAACUGAGGGACUUCAACAGGAGGCUGCAAGAUGUACUUCUUAUGAGAUUGGGCAGCGAGCCUAUGCAUGACAAUGGCACUCAGACAAUCAAGGCUGAAGUGGUUGAACCCAUUGUUGAGGCCCAGGAGACAUGCAGAGAAGAAGCCAACACCAGUUCCAGCUACUCACCCUCCCCUAGAACAGUAUACACCUGCAAUGAUGGGAAGGUACACCUCGGUGGUGGCAUUUGGGUAGAGGAGGAGAAGUGGCACCAGCUGCAGCGGACCCAGGGAGACUCCAAGUUCACAAAGAACCUGGCUGUAAUGAUCUGGGGCACAGAAACCCUUAAAAACCGUAGUGUAACAGGGGUGGCUACCAAAAAGAAGAAAGAUGCCCUGCCCAAACCUCCACUGUCACCCAGCAAGCUGAAAAUUGUAAGAGAGUGUCUCUACGACAGAGUGUCUCAAGAGACAGCCGACAGUGCAGAGAUUACGCAGAGAUUAUCCAAAGUGAACAAAUACAUUUGUGAAAAGAUAAUGGACAUCAACAAGUCCAUCAAGAACGAGGAGCGGCGGGAGUCCAAGCUUCUCAUCAGACAGACAGUCAAGAUGGAGAACUUCACCUACGAUGGCAUGUAGUAAUCAAGUGUUGUCACACCAGCGCCUUCUGCCCCCCGUGGUCCGCAGGAUAUUUAGGGGACUUGAUAUGGGUGGUUGGGGAAUGUUUGUCACAGUUUCAGGAGCAGUUGUAUUCAUUGGACACAUUUGAUUGAUUAUGUUUAAAAAAAAAAAAAAAGACCGCUCCCCAGCUCCCUAAAGAACAACCAUUGCCCUCCUCAGUGCCCAGUUUCCUCAUUGGCUGACAGACAGCUUUACCCACGAGUCAGAAGAUAAACACGUGAACAAGUUCAAUGUGCUGAUGUGAGUGUUUUUAUAAGCUUUACAGUAGAAUUGGUACAGAGACAUGGUUUAUUGAGGCGUGUAUUUGUGUCAAAGGAGAGAUUAGAUGUGAUUGUUAAAUUAAUUUAUUGUUCUGUGUCAGAACAUAAUUUUGAGUCAUUAAACUUUUAAAAAGUAAGAGGUUAUUUCCCUAGACAAAGUCUUCUGAUGCUAUAGAGAUGAUAAUGCUGGCUUGCAUUAGAUCUUAGACGUGUGAACGGUUGGACGGUUUUGGUGAUUACCCAAUAACUGUGGUUUCUUAGUGUUUGCUGUUGGUACUUACUGCAUAGAAUGGGACAUCUGCGUCUCAGAUGCACAAGUCUUAAUUGGUAAUAGCCAUAUAGCAUUUUACAACAGAGAUUCUCCAAAAGAUUAACUAUGAGUGUGUGCUCCCCCUUAAUUGUAGGUUAAUCACAACACAUCAUUUUAUUAAAGAGGACUUAAAGAGGUUUAAUGGGAAGUAUGACUCUAAUGUAGAGUCUAUAGAGUGCUCUAUUUGUUUUGUUUUAUAUGUUGACCUUUUAGUUUUGAACAUUUGCCAUCACUUGAGAGAGCACAAGGAAAGAUUUUUAUGGCAUGUUCUUGUGUUGCUCUUAAUCAAACAUGUCACUUUCAGACAAUUUGACUGUUUAAUGAGUUGUAGGGGUACAGGCAUGUUGAUGCCUAGAAAGGCCUUAAAUGGAUUUGGCAAUCACCAGGGAUUGGUAUGCCCCUGGGUUUUCUAGUAAGCUGUGAUUGUAAAUGUAUAGUAAGCUGAAGUGAUGAAGCUUCACCUGCACUUUGCUGUGAGAAUGUAAGAGGUAGCUAGGUACUAUUUUCUGUGUGAUUCACACCAUUAAGUUGAGCUGAGCCGGGCUACUUUCUGUCUCCGCCCCCACCCCCACCGUUAAAAUAUGCUGGGCUGCACAGGACAACGUGGGGAAGAAAAUCAGAGCACAGCUCUGCACGGUUCAGGUCAUCUUCUUGUGGAAGCAGUGUUAGCUGGGUAACUUGGCUUGGGUAAAGCUGUCUGAAAAACUGUUGUGCUCUUGAAGUCGUCUGGGCCUGCUGAACCCUAUAAUAACCCGCUCUUUUUUAAGCCAUGCCACUGGGGAACAAAGUAAGGUCGCUCCAGUGACAGCUUCCUCUGAGCUAUGCCAUCAGAACUUUGAAAACUGUCCUCUUUUUCUUGUAUGUUUUUUUUUUUUUUUUUUUUAAUGUUUUUCUCUCUCCAGUUGUUUUAUUGUUUUGAUCCAAAAUGGUUUGUGUGGCUGUCUGCAGGCUGGAACCUAAAUGCUGCAGAUUGAAAUCUCAACUGUGACCUAGCUGUGGCUAACUGUGAAUCUGCUGCAGAGCUGCCCAUCAAGCCUUUCUCCUCUUCACACUCUAGAUUCUCGUUUGUCGGUUGGUUUAUUUCUCUCUAUCAUUUUGUCUGUCUUGGUUUUUGUUAUUUCAAGAGUUCAGAUCAGCCUUUUGUUAAGCUACCUUAUGUUUUGGAGAUAUUUUAGUGUACAUAAAACACAUCUUUUUAUUUUUUCCACUAAACAUGGAUCUUUCAGUUUCUAGUAAUGUUACAGUUUUAAAGGUUCUGGUCAAGUUUUGGUUCUAUUACUAAUUAAUGUUGUAAUUCCAUGUUACCUGGCAAUUUAUUCUUUUUACACUUCUAUAUUUUUUUUGUUUGUUGUUUUUUUUUCAUAUGAAUUGUUGGCUUUAAGCUUGAUAUUGUAUCCAAAUGUAGAUCAGUGGAAUCUACCAACAAAAGAAAAAGAUUUCUCCCUUUCUCAGCCAAAGUGAUCUCUGUGGAACAAAAGAGACAAGACUUUCCUUAACAGAAUAUUUUGACAGAGCCCAUACAUUAAGCUACAUUCACAAUGUGAUAUUUGAAAAGCCUCACUUAGAAUCUACCUUCUAAUUAUCUGCCACAGUAAAAUGAAAAUCUGUAUCGUUAAAACCAUUGUACUCUAGCAAUUGAGUAGUAGUAGUUAGAUUGACACAAAUCAUUUACAUUGAAUGCACUUUAAACUUCUGGGCAAUUUCAUCCAUCUUAAAGAAAUGUAUUUGUGGUAUUCGUCCUUUUUAAAUGUCUAUAUAGAUCAAGGCCUAACAAUCAUUUUAUUAUCAUGAAGCACCUUAGAACAUUUUGGUUUAUUGUUUUUUUUUUAUGGGAUGGGAUAUAGUUUUGUUUUUGUCAGUCAGAUAUGUCCCUGACAUGCCAACGCAAUUGAUAGAUUUAAUACUUCAAAAAUGAAUAUUUGAGAGUUAUUUGGAAUGCUUAGAAAACCAGAUUACCACAAGUCCGAUUAUGUUGAAACUGGAAUUUGUAUUUCCAUCAUGGCCUCAUGAUGGUUUACUUGGCAAAUUAACAAGCAAAAGUCAGCAACUCUUCUAUCAACUUGCUUACUCUUCAAGCCCAAAACAUGAUUCACCAAUCUGAAGAUGUUCACUAAUGAAAUACCCAAGAUGACUGGAAUAUGUGCUUUAACUUGAUGUGUCAAGAGGCUGGUUAUAUAUAGAUUUGACUUAUAUAGAGAUAGUUGUGUAUUUUUACAAAUGAGUGGUAUUUGUAAGCCAAAGUAUUGAAAAUUGAGAUCAAGGUAAAGAAUGGGGAUGAUGCUGACAGAGGAAUGAGCAGGGUUUGCACAAAAAAUGGCCCAUGCCAAGAUAAUAGUGACUCUUAAGCCACCAAAAUGGUGACAUAUUAUUGAUAUAUAUAUUUUUUGAGUUCCUAAAAAAUGUCCCUUCUUAGUGUCCUUUAGUUUUUCGUUUUUCUCUGUACAAAGCAACAUGUGAGGUUUACGUGCGCCAGCAUGUAUUUAAAAUACUUGCAGUUUAAAAGAAAGAAAAGAUUUCUGCUGUGCAAAGCAACCUUGCUGAAAUUAUGACACAUUGUCGUGUAUUGUGUUUGUGUUUGUUUCUUUGUUGUUUGAUGCCAAAAGGGGGUGUGGUUUCAAAGGCUGGUUUCCUGGAGCGUGAUUAAGCCUAAUCCUUUAACUAAAACCAUCUUUAGUGGAUGAAAGCUGUAUGGAAGUACUGUUUUUAACCCAGAUUUGGCUUAAUCUUUGAUGGCAAGGCCAAUCUCUAUCAAAUGUACCAAGUCACUUGCAGAGGAGCAGUUUGGGAUUUAGCAGCAUAUUAGUAACACACACCAAUACAUAACCUAGCAGAGCCAUUAAUGGAUACUGUAGACUAGUUUGGCUCUGUGACAACACCAGACCUUCCUGUACUCUCACUGUCACAUUCAAAUAGCGAUAGGGAGGAAAUGUAACUUUGCUGGCUCUGUGAUCCUCAUCCUGUGUCACCUCUAGGUUCUUACUCUUCUGUCAUUUAUAUGGACUGGGUUUAAAAAUGCACAUGGAUCAAGAUAAUAGCAAAUCCUGUCCUCCUUGCUUGGUGUUUUGGCAUGUUGUGAACACCUGUCAAAACUACAGAAGUGAGGGAGCUUUAUGUUGCUUUAUGACAGUUUGAUUGGGAAAAAAAGAGAUCAGUUUCUAGCCUCACUGUGUGGAACAAGAUAAAUGGCUUCAUCAACUAAGUGUACACAAGAUAUAUUACUAUUUGAGCCUCAGAUACAAUGUCAAACUUACUUCGAAGCAAGACAAAUGGGAGGAACACGUUGUUAGGCCUAUAUUUUUCUUAAGGUAUCAGUAACUUUGUAUACAAUCCACAAACCGGUUCUACUUCAUCUAACUUCACCGUCCUACCUCAUUGUUACUCUGGUGUUUGUUUGUCAGUGACUGUAAACUAUGUGUGUAUAUUAAAAAAAAAUCUAUAGGAAAAGGUAUACCUGGUUACUCUCAACAUGUAUAGCAUAUAAAACUUGUAAAACACCUCAGUACACAAAUAUCAUUCUUAAGAGAAAUCAGUUUUAUUACCUGCUUAAAGAUGCUGCUGUAAAAGGGUGUCUGCGUGAGGGGUCGUCUCUGAAUAUAUAUAUCUUCGCUCUUUGCUAUGUUGUGCAGUUGAUCAGUGGUUGUGUUCCGUCUCUGUAUUGCAUUCUGAGAUUUUUACUGGUUGACGGUGCUACCAGCAAACAGUUCAAAAACUGAUCUAUUGGACCUCAAAUGGUGCUGUUUUUCUAUGUUUUUAUCCUCAUACAGCUAUGUUUUAUUCAGGUGUGUCAACCGCCACUAUCCCCUCAGCUAAUCAAAAUUUUAAGCCAAAAUAUUUCGCAAAACCGAUAACCCUGCUAUUACUGUAUCAACUAUAUGCUAUCCAUCCAAAUAUUGUAGAUAGUGAUUAUAUCCUCAGCUGUGAGUUUCAGAAGUACCUCAGAACUUGCUGAUUUUCAAUGGAUGCAUCUGCUUCUAGGACCUGUUGUCUACCGAUAUUAUGUUGUUGCCGUGUAUUUUCAGAAAUAUGCAUUUUUAAUGGUUAGAUCAGGUUACACUAUAGAUAGUACAUGACUAUUAGCUCACACUCAGAUGACAGUUAAAUUCAAAGGAUACCACUGUUCACUGGUUGCAUGCCAGGUUGUCGUAAAGGAAAUCUCAGUUGGACUGGGCAGUGUAUGUUACAGUAGAAGGGUCCUCAGCUAAAAAAAAAAAAAUAUAUAUAUAUAUAUAUAUAUAUAUAUAUAUAUCCUUUUGAGUCAAAGUUAAGUCCAGUUUGUUUUACGAAAGAUGGAUUCCAUUGGUAGUUCUUGUUUAUGGUGGAAAAACAAUAGAAGUUAUCCAAGGUAAUUUGGGGAUUUUGGGAAUAUACAAACUAGUGCCCCGUGUGGCUGAAAAUGAAAUUUGUCAGAAAUAUGGAGAUCUCUGAGAGUCUUCAGGGUACGUUCACAAAGACUGUUGGAGAGAUUCAGGCUGUCAGUUUUGGAAUGAUUCAUUUUAUCUGGUUACCAUUUUAAUCUGUGAUUUUCCUCAGUUGUAUCUCUUUGUCCCUGACUGUUGUUUAGAUAAUUCAAAUGUACUUUUCUGUGUUAAAAAUAUGAAUUUAGUCUAGUAACUUGUUCAUAAUUGACUUACUGUGAACUAGAGUCAUAGAUACAGCACCAUACAGUGUCUGGACUUGGCUUAAUUAUACAAAAAAGUGCAUUAUGUUUUCUUUUACCCUGUGCAGUGAUACCAAUGGAAUCUUUUCUGCGCCAAAGUGUUUGCAGUAUGUUGACUUUUUUUGGGGAGGGGUGGUUUCCUCUACCUGUCAGUAUGUAUGUAUUUGUUUUCUUGUGUGUGUGUGUGUGUGUGUGUGUGUGUGUGUGUGUUUUUUUUUUUUUUUUUUUUUUUUACUCUGAUCAUGUCUGUGAACAUGAAAUGUUGCUGGGGAAUUCCUCUCUACUGUGAGCAGUGUGCGUUCAAAUACACAGGAGUUGGUUUCAUGGAAGCACUUAAGCCAUUCGUUGGACUGUUUCAUAAUGGUUCAAUAGUAAGCUUUGCUCUCAUCCAGGGAAUUGAACCAGAGCGUUUUUGUGUGUAAUUGAAUUCCUAUGCAGGUGUAGAGUUGUAAUCACCUGGUACCACAUCACUGUUGGGUGGAGGGCCAACCAGGGACAGAGAUGCCUAGAAAGUGUCCAAACAUUUGAAUGUGUCUGCACAGCCUUGAGAUUGAGUCAAAGGGGACAAUGGCGACAUGACAAAUCCGUAACAGAACUAUUACUACAUUUUCACACUCAUGGAGUUGAACUAAACUGAGCUAUACAGGGCUGCUUGGGUAUAUACCUGUCUGUAAUAGUCGUAACUGCAUUGCAAUGAUCAUUAGGGAAAGACAGGGUUAUUACUGUAUGGAGCAUUUCCAGCUGGUAUGAUAAUGUGAAAAGAAUUUCAAGACUAUUGCAGUAAACACUCCCUCACCCUACUUCAGCCUCCCAGAGGCACAACCCUACAUUUACAGAAAAUGUUAAGUAUAUGCGAUAGAGAGUGUACAUGUCUUUGCUAAACCGGCCACACCUCUGCUAUGCGAGCAACUCUUUGACGCUUAGCAUCCUGUUCUGUGUUUUCUCUUGCUGCAUUCAGGAACACCUGUCUAAUGUAUAAAUAAACAGAAAUAAAUCCAGACUUUUAUUCUAU